AUGGCCAACCUACCCCAAGGUAUCCUUCCGACCCUGCCUUGUGCCCUACCAAAAGCCGAUCUGUCCAGCGACACCGAUGCGGUUGGUAUCGCGAAGGGCUUUAACAUUCCAUUCAGCAGCUUGUCGCUUGACCAUUUCACCCCAGAUGCCUUAUGGCGAGAUACAUUCGCCUUGACUGGAACCUUACGGACGUUAUAUUCCGCUGCUGCUGUCCUAAAGGCAUGGAAUGAUCGAUGCCGUUCUCGCCAGGCAGGAAGCUUUCAGCUGAGCCCCGACGCCUCGCGGGUAGUAUGUCCAGCAGCAGGAAUAGGCUGGAUUGAGGUCCCAUUCAUCUUUGAGACAGCAGCUAUACCAGCGACCACCAGCUCGGGCUUUAUCUCGCUGAUCCCGGAUGGAAAUGGUAACUGGAGAAUCUGGCUCCUCAGGACGAUCCUGGACCAGUUCCAGGACCUGCCAAAUGUGGAUGAGUUAGAGCCUGGGCCCGCACCUACUAGGCAACCUCUUCAUGAGGGAGCAGUGUACGAAUGCGUGGUUAUCGGAUGUGGACAGUCGGGCUUGAGUGUCGCUGGUCGACUGCAGGCACUUGGGGUGUCAUAUCUGGUGGUGGACAAGGCACCUCGCGUGGGCGAUUCCUGGCUUCAGCGAUAUGAAUCAAUGAAAUUACACUCUGUCCGAGAUGCCGCCCAGCUCCCGUUUCACCGCACCUUCAACGAGGAAUAUCCCGAAUUUAUGAACAGGGAGGAUCUGGCCCGUGGAUACCAGGCAUGGGCUGAGCGAUACUGCAUCAAUAUUUCAUUCUCGACGGAGCUCACCUCAGGGACCUGGGAUGACAAUCGACGUAAAUGGACUCUCCAUCUGCGCCAGAAACAAGGCGAGCAAGUGACUACCAAGACCGUUACCUGUUCUCACGUCGUCAUGGCCAUUGGAGCUGGAGGGCAGGAGCCAGUCCGACCCUUUUAUCCAGGGGAGGAUAUAUUCCAAGGCGAUAUCAUACACACCGCACAAUACAAGAGCCCUCGUCCAUGGCAGGGCAAGCAUGGUGUCAUCAUUGGGUCCGCUAAUUCAGCACACGAUACGGCAGCAGAUAUGGUCGGAACAGGAAUGGCCUCGAUAACCAUGAUCCAGCGCAGCCGGACAUGCAUAAUUCCAAAAGAAUUCAUGCCCCAACGAGCCCAAGGCACCCUCGCCGCCGACAAACAACAACUCUCCACCCCCCUAGCUGUAAACCGACUCAUGAGCACCCUCACCCUAGGCGCCAAAAUUGCCCAAAACCCAGAGCGCUUCGACGCUCUCGAACGAGCGGGGUUCAAAGUCGACCGAGGCGCCGAAGUCGUCGCGCACGUUCACGAACGCUACGGGGGACAUUACAUAGAUGUGGGGAAUUGUGCGAACAUUGCCAAGGGAUUGGUAAAAGUCAAGUCCGAUAGUCCUCUCGCCAGGUUCACUCGUACCGGACUUCUCUUCGAAGAUGACACGCAUCUCCCUGCUGACGUGGUGGUCUUUGCUACGGGGUAUAAGGGGAAUGCCAGGGAUACGGUGAAAGAAUUAUUUGGGAAGGAGGUGUAUGAUCGAGUUGAGGAUUAUUGGGGGCUUGAUAAGGAGGGGGAGGUUAGGGGGGCGUUUAAGCCUAGUCCUCAUGGCCAUAUCUGGUUCAUAUCCGGAACUACGACGCAUUCGCGGUACUUUUCUCGGUUCAUUGCGCUGCUGAUCAAGGCGGAUAUCGUGGGGGUGCCGGUGGAGGUGUAUCGGGAUACACCUGUUGCAAAUGAGUAGAUGUUAGGCGCGGAUGCAACUAAUGCACAAUAUAUCUAGUCAGG